CACCAAGAUUGUUAACGAUAACUAUUGAUCAAUAUAGAAAUAAUAAUCACGAUACAUUGAAAACAAAAUUAUUACCUCUUGAUUAAACAACGGAAUAUAAACAAAUAAACAAAAUUUAACUCUGGAUAAAAAUUUAUACAUUCCUUAUCCAAAAAAACCGAAUCAAUUUGUUCAGAAGACAAACAGGAAAAAUAUUUUUCUUUGCAAAAACAAAAUAUGGAUUAUAUUCGUCGACCAUCGAUUCUAAUGAAUAUUCCAGCUAAUACAAUACCUACAAUCAAUAUUAUCGAUGAUAAUGAUAAUGUUAUUGAUAAAUCACAACAACAAAACCAACCAUCAUCAAUGACAAACACGGCAUUAUAUCUAUUAAGGUUUAAUGUUGCCUUACAAAUUGCCAUAUCCGCAAUGGCUGUAAAUCUUUUUCUUGCUAUUGCAACAUUUUAUUAUGGUUGGAAUGCACUUUAUUGUGCAUUCGGUGCUGAUUCGAUAAUCGGUGUUUUAACUGCAAUCAUAUUGAUAUGGCGUUUUGCAUCAAGUAAACAUGAAGCAAACAUUAUUAUCAAUGAUGGUGAUAAUAAUUUGGAUAAUGAACAUUUACCCAUUCUCAAUCAUCAUAAUAUUAGUCGUCGUAAUAGCCGUUUGUUUGGUGAAUCCGAUAUGCAUCCAUUUUUACGAUCAUUAGAAUCGACUAUUGAUGAUACACCAGAUGAUAAUCGACGAGAAUUAUGGUCAACAUUUUGGUUAGGCCAGAUAAUGAUAUUAUCCGGUUUUGGUGUAAUAAUACGUUCAAUAAUUGAAUUAGUACAUGAAAUUAUUGAAAAUGUUCAUCAAAUUGAUGAUGAUAAUAUGAUUGUCAUUAAUGAUCAUUAUGAUAUGUCACCAUUAUAUAUAUUAGCAUUGAUAUCAUUAGCAAUGAAUAUUAUAUUAAUGGGUUUCAAACUAUUAAUUUAUUAUCAUCUUAAUUCUAAUUCAAUGCUUAUUGAAGGCGUAAAUUCAUUUAUAUCAGCUAUAUUUGCUGCAACCACUGUUAUUUCCAUACAAUUUCAUGAUCGUAUUGAAUAUCUUGAUCAAAUUGUAUCAAUAUUAUUUGGUGUAUUUCUUAUUAUCUAUGGUAUCUAUAAUGUAUUACAUACAUUAGCACAUACGGUUAUCGAUCUUAUUAAACAAAAAUAUGGUAACCGUAAUAAUAAUGUUCAACGUCGAUUAUUAACAUCAUCAGCAUCACAACGACAUCUAAAUCUUUUGAAUCAUUGCCACAAGGAAAGUCAACGUCGUGCAUCGACAAAAUCAUUACGUGAUGAUUAUCUACAAUUACUUUAAAUAUCUAUUAUUAAUUAAGACGAAAGCCUUUUUUUUGAUACAAUUAAUAUUAUUUCUUUUCUUUUGAUACUCAAUUGAUGAUUUUAAAAUUUUCUUUAUUUCUUUACAAAAAAAUAAAAAGUAUUUCACA